AUGAAAAUAUCUUUUUCGAGAAAGUUGUGCAUAUUUUCGUUCGUUUUCAUUCAGACUUGAAUUCCUAUCUCGUUGUUUUCGUCGAGCGUGAUUUUUGAGUUUACUGUUCGACAACGCAGCGAAGAACCAAACGGGAGAGAGAAAAAAAGCCACACAGCGAAUACAUGGUAGCAAUUAAUUGGCGUUAACCAUUUUUCAUAUAAACAUAUAUUGAUGAAUACAUAACAAUGAAUGAGAGUUUAAUUAACUUCGAUUUGGCUGAAAGAGAAUUCCAAAAAUGCGCUUCGAUUUUUUGGGGGUUUUGGAUUUUCGCGGACGAUCAAACUGUUUAAUUUCAACUGAAAGUAAAAUUAAAUGCAAUUUUUCCGCGAAAUAAACGCAAAAAAUUGAUAUUAACACAAAAAAAAACUGCCGACAAAACGCGCAACCAGACUAUACAAAAAUGGAUUGUGAAUCGGACGAAUCGGAACGGUGGGAGGACUUUUUUGGAAGCUCAAUCGAUAUAUCAAGAUCGGUGGUUGCGUAUUAUGAUCGUCUUAGCUCGUCCGCCAUCAAUCACACAAGUUCAUUUAACAGUUUAUCACACAGCAAAUCUUCCCUUCUUAUCGAUACAAACACAAACUACGACAAUAAUUCAUUGCUUGAUUUCGAACGAUUUCCGCGAACGAAAGAUGCAAAUUUAGAUGAAUGUGGAAAGCAAUUAAAAUCAGCACCACCACCAUUGCCACAAUUACCACCGCCAUCGAUUCAUCGACGUCAUCGUAAUUUUCGUGCACUCUCAGCAAAUGUACAACGUCUCAUAUCGCAUUCAAAUACAUCGUUACAUCCAGACGAUAUGAACGAAAAUUAUUCAACAACUGGUGACGAUCCAAAUUUAAAUUGUGUGAGAAAACGUUUUUUAUCCUCACAAAUCAACUUAUCAACACCGAAUGGAUGCAAAUUCAGGCAUCCGCUAUCAAAGAAUACAUGCAAAUUGACACAAUCUGGAAAUGACUUGGUUAUCGACGGUGAUUCAGACGGUGGUUAUGUUACACCGCCGGAAAUUCCCUACGCAAAUCUAAACGAUGACAAUCUAUACGAUCUUGUUAAUUCGAAUGUUAGCAAUGACGAUGAAUCCGAAGAUGUUGUCGACAAAACGCCAAUCAACGAAUGUGGUCAAUUUGAUUUUGCCACACCAACAACCAUUGAAGAUCACAUCAAUUGCAAUACAGACGAUGUAUACGAUGAAGUCGAAAAAAUUGAAGAGCCUAAAUCCGACUGGGAAUCAAAUGCAAAUAGGAAUGGAAACAAUGAUGAUGACGAUGAUGACAGUGGCUCUGUUGCCGCAUUGUUUUCCUUAAAAAAUACAAGUUUCAUACAUUCAUUUGCCCAUAAAAAUGAACAGAUGGCGAUUGGCAAUGAUUCAACGUCACUAAGUGAUAGUGCACAAAAUUCACCGACACUUUCACAAAAAUCGAACAGCAGUGACAACAGCGAUACCAAGUCGAAAAAAAGUCAAUUAUUUGCAAUUAAAGAAAAAAAUGAUCAAGUCACUGAACAGAGUACAAAAAACCAUUCACCAAUAAAUAAUUCCUCAAUGGAUAAUGAUAUAUUGCUGCCGGUUAUAAAUGCGGAAAAUGGUGUUGAUGAUACAAUGCCAUCGUUGAAUGAAUCGAUACCAACAACAACAUCACCGACGACAACGACAACAACAACAGCCAUAGCAGAAUCAACGGUAACAACAAACUCGACGACGGCGACAGCGACAGCGACGACGACCACUGCAGCGACCAAGGCAUCAACAACCAAUAACAAAGAGAACGGUCAACUAAAGAUUGAUCUAAAACGCACGAAAAUUCGUCCAUUGUCAUCGGUUUCGAUUAGUUCGACAAGUUCAUCAUCAAGCUCAGCGUCCGAUGAGCAUUCGACAAAUCAAAAUGCCAUUUCCUACUUGGCAAGCGUUGAAAGUUUAGCCGAUCAUAGCGAAAAUGAACUGGCCAUUAUCAGUCCCAGCUUGACUGUAACCGAACGUGCUUGUUUAGAAAUUAUCGACUCCGAACGCAGCUAUGUCGAUGAUUUGGGUCAAGUUAUCAAAGGCUACUUGAAUGACUGGCAAGAGCGAGGCCAUCUCGAAGCGCAUGAGCUGAACACAUUGUUUGGAAAUAUUCAGGAAGUGUACGACUUCAGUGUGAUAUUACUGAGUGAAUUGGAGCAAUCCGGUGAGCCAAUCAAAAUAGCAAAAUGUUUCAUCAAACUACAAGACAAAUUCGAUGCAUAUACACAAUACUG